AUGAGCUCCCAACCUGCACCCUCCACUCCGCCGAGAUCGAGCGACGACAUGGCGAACAUGGAAAAGCAGAAGCCGGGCCUCGAGCAGGACGCGCAACAAGUACAGGUCACAGUCCAUCACCCCGCGGGUUUUCGACUCAACGCCAUCAUCCUCGGCUUGGUGCUUUCCUUCUUCUUAAGCGCUCUGGACAUGAGCAUCACCACCGGGUUCCGCUCCACCGCCUCCGUCCGCUGGUACGGUUCCGCUUUCGCCCUCACCCUUCCUGCCUUCCAAUCCCACUGGGGUAAAGCUUACCUGUAUUUCCCUCUGAACUCAGUGGCCCUAAUCGUCGGGCGGGCCGUGCAGGGUGCUGGUGCCGCCGGCAUCACCGCGGGAUGUUAUACCAUCGUCAACUUCAUCGUUUCACCUUCCAAGGUACCCGGCGUCAGUGGCUUGCUGGGCAGCGUCUUCACACUCGCCAGCGUGGCGGGUCCGCUACUCGGCGGCGCCUUCACUAGCAAGUUGACAUGGCGUUGGUGCUUCUGGAUUAAUCUGCCCGUCGGCGGUGUGGCUAUUGCGUGCCUCGCCGUUUUCUUCAAGACCCCUGACCAUUCGAGGACCAUGCACGGGAAGUUGACCUGGGCGCAGAUCGCCUUGCACCAUGCAGUGGGAGGCGUCUCAAAGUCAUGGGGAUCCUCUGAGGUCAUUGGAAGCCUUGUCUGUUGGUUUGUCAUGUCCGUUGUAUACGCCAUCAAUGAGUGGUACAUGGGAGACAAAGCCCUGAUCGUCUACCGCAUUUUAAAGAACAGAGCUAUCGCACUAUGUCGUGGUUUUAUCUUCUUCUUUGUGCACACUUUGUGCUUCCACCAUGGUCGGCAAGUCGGCUACUUCCAGCCAUUUCUAGUUGUUAGAAGUAUUCUUCAGACCAUUGGCGUAGGCCUGUACUACACAUUUGGCCUGGACACUGGGCUAGGUCCCGUGAUCGGGUAUCAGAUAAUAUUCGGGAUAGGUACUGGCCUAGGAAUCCAAACCUGUAUCAUUGUUGGCCAAAUGCUGAGUUCUAUGGAGGAUAGGUCCAUGACCAUGGCGACGAUCAUAUUCUUUCAAUUCGGAGUAGGUGCUUACGGCACGCCUCUACCACAAAUUCCGUCCUCGACAAUAUCCUCCUACAAAGCGUGA